UGUCAAGUUUCCGCCACCAGCCACAAUGAUGAAGAGUUUGGCGGUCGUUCUGCUGUCGGUUGCUGCAGUAUGCGCAUGGCCGUACCCACGUUACGAGGAGGUCGUGCGUGACCCCAAAACCUCAGACCUGCUCUACGGCACCAACUCAGGAGCUCACACCGAGAAUUGGUACUUCAGCACUCAAGCCUACGUGACGUCCAUCAUCAUCCCGUCGCAGAUCAUGGACUUCUGCGGCACAGACCCAAUGAAGAAUGGAACGUACCAGGAGGAGGUUGUCCUUAACCUCUACGAGUGGAAACUCUCGACGUCCAGGACGGAAACGUACUUGGUGGCGUCCGGCUCCUUCAAAGGCACCGUCAGCUUCGGCCAGGAGAUCGACAUCCCGCUGCGGAACGAGACCCUGGGCCGCGCGCCCCGAGUCGGCCAGUUCUACAGUAGCACCAGCGGCUACCGGUACACGCUCGACAUCGUCUUCAAGACGGCCGGCGUCUACCCGUGGUACACGACGAGGGCGCUCUCCACCUACUCGUUCGUCAGUUCGUCGACGAAUCUACCCGGAAUUGCUAUCGGUCUGUCGUACGCCAUCUAAGAAGUUGUGUCAAACGAGCCCGUCGCCGUGGUCAGACACGACACUCUACUGUCGUAGUUGCUCGUAGACCUCGUCGUUUUUCACUAUUCAUGCCGUUGCUGUAGUUCAUUUUUUGAACAAUAUAGCCAGCUGACUCACUGCUAAAAGCGUUUGCUCUCUAAUUCUGCAUAUCGUCUUCCAUUUAUUACUGAUAAUGUCUGACAAUAAACCGAAGAUGAGAUGGAGACCUAUUCAGGAAACAUUUUUUUGUAAGCAGUGAAUCAGCGGCCAUUUUGGUUGUAGUGACAGCUUCUUAAGUAAACCCCAGUCUGUGUUUGAAGGAAAAUUGUAUUAUGUAUUUCAUUAAAUAUCUGUUUAUCAAAA